AUGGGGGGUUUCUCAUAUUGUUGCUGCCAGAGGGUCUUCAAGUAUGGCCAACAUGCCGACUAUGUUCUUGAGGCAGUCGGAGUCUCAGCCGCCAUUGCCUCUGGUGUCGCCCUGGCCUUGGUUAACCUAGUCAUGGGCCAGUUCAUGAAUGUGCUCUCCGGCGCAAGCCUAAGCGAGGGGGUACCACCGAAUUUCAUGUCCGAGGUCACAAAGUAUUCUUGGGUUUCCUACAACAUCACGUAUGCCGGAACGUUCUUUAUCGCCGUUGGUGUUUUCCAGGCUUCUCCGAUUAUCAUGCCCUGCCCGCCUCACUCCCUACUAUGGGGCCACCUUCGGCUCAUGGGCGAGACGUUAGCAAAGUUCCCGCCGAAUAUGUAUCUCCAAGCCGUUCUCACGCAGCUUAAGGAAGAGCACAACCUCCCCGACAUCUGGUACCUAGAUCUCUGGCCCAUGGGUCCGGAAUUUAUCAUCGUUACUUCACCAGACGCUGCCGCGAUCCCAACUACAGUCACCGCCUUCCCGCAAUGCCGCCUGGUCAAGAAUCAUUUCUCCACCAGUCUCGGCGAAUCUUUUAUCGAGGUCACGAACGGGAAGGAAUGGAAGGAUCUCCACCACAUGCUCGCCCCAGGGCUCACGCCUGCCGCUGUUCGGUCCUAUCACGAUAUCAUUAUCGAAGAGGCCGUGGCACUCCGCAACCGAUUUCGAAGACUCGCAACAUCAGAAAAGGUAAUCGACUUCGGUCUUGAAUUCGGUAAAUUCCCGUUCGAAGUCGUCGCCCGAGUCUUUUUCGGCGAGAGAAUCGGCACCCAACAUGACAACCCGGGGCUGUACGCCCGCGUGAGAUCUCUCGCCGACAUCCUUGGCCGGAAGAGUGGCCCUAAGGACCCUUUCACGGCCCUCCGAAUUCGAUUUCAAGAAUGGAAGGUUAUCCGACACCUGUGGAGGGAUAUCUUGCCUUAUAUCGAGCGCCGCUUCGAGGCGCUCCACCAAGAAAAAGUCAUUCCUAAUCGCACCACCGCAACGAACCUCGUGGAUCGAAUGCUCGCUCCCCACGCACAAAAUAGCCAGCCACUUAGCAAUUCCGCCAUAACCCCAAUAGUUCACAAUGCUCUCGGAUUCAUGGCAGCGGGAUUCGGAACUACCUCAGACACGAUAAGCUACGCCUACAUGUUGCUUGGCGCAUUUCCCGAGACCCUUGCGAAACUCCGGGAGGAACACGAUCGCGUCUUCGACAGGUCUUUCGACAAAACACUCGAACUUGUCCGGGAGAACCCGGCUCUGCUAAAAGAUAUGAAGUAUACCGCUGCCGUCAUUCACGAGACUUUGAGGCUCUUCCCAAUCGGCUUCGUCGUCCGGGAUCCACCUCCCGAUAUGAAAUAUUUUGAGCACAAUAAUAAGAAAUAUCCCAUAAAGGGCCAGGCGAUUGGAAUCUGCGCCCACACCAUGCACUUCAAUCCCGAAAUCUUCCCCGAGCCGACAAGGUUCAACCCCGACCGUUUCACGGACUCCAACCCUUCCUACUCUCGCCAUGCCUACAGGCCAUUCGAGAGAGGUCUACGGUCGUGCUUGGGCCAGAAUCUCGCCAUGGAGGAGAUGAAGAUUGCCUUGUUGAUGACGGCGCGCUGGUUCGAUUUCGAACUGACCGACCAUCAGGUGGCUGAGGGAUCCAAGUUUCUGCAGUCUGACCUGGAGGCAAUACUGGGGAUCCAUGCUUACCAGACGAUGAGCGUCACUGCAAGCCCCCGUGGGCCUGUCCGAAUGAAAAUCCGUGCCUUGUUUUAG